AUGACGGUCUGUGCAGGUCCAGCUUAUCCUCCGCCUUACUCGUACCAUCCGCCUGAUGGUUACAUGGCACAUUACAUCAAUGAAGUAAAGGAGCAGGUAUACUCUGAGCUUCAGUCUCAACGUGCUAGUCGCUUGAGCUCCCAGAAGAGCCACCAUAGUCCUCACUCCCGCAGUCCAAGAUAUUCUGGAGGCAAACCUACCAUAUCUGAGAAGAAGCCUCGCUCAAGUCCUUGGACCUCAACUCCUCAAAUUACAUUUCCUACUCCUCAGAUUACUGUCCUUCCCACUGGACCCGCAUUUCCUAUUCCACAAAUAUUUCCGAACUCAAACCCGUAUUCACCUGCAUGGACUCCGUUUAGUAUGCCCCAACCGCAAAUUCGUUUCCCGACUCCGGAGCCUUAUGGUCCUGGCACUCCCGUCCGAUCCUCACUUCCAAUGUCAUACAGCCCAUUCCCUUCCGCUACCAAGCCUAGUCCACAUCGUGCAUACCAAGCUGCAGCUCAAGUUCUCCCAUUCCCAGGCUCGGAUGAAUCUAUGCCCCUUCUUUCGCAUUCCAGCGUGGGCACGUAUGGCUCGUCUCGUUCCUCUUCAGCCUCUAGAUCGACACAGAAGCGACGAAUAAACUACGAUGCGCUGGUGCGGGCAGUGGAGAAUAUUAAGGUCUGCAAACGGGAGGUAGCUGGAUGGGUGAGGAUAAUCCGACAGCAACGAAACGAAAAGCUAAGUAAGGAGGAGAGGGAGCUCGUCUCAUACAUAGAAGAUAUCUACCAAAAUGCUUCCAAAGCCCUCCAAAUCGCACGUACCGCCCUACACACCGUACAUAACGCCCAUAACGUCCGACACGACGCGCAAUUCACCUCUGGAAAAGUCACCUCAGACAUAUCCACGCUAUCUACUUUCGCGACCUCCUUGCGACAUAAACUUGGCAGCCUCGUACGCCGGCUGAAAGAAUUGAAAGCCUCUGGACCGGCUGAACGUCCAGGUUUCUUCUCAUGUCUAGAAGACGCUCCGGGAUGUCUAGCUGGAUAUUAUUUGAAAAAUCGUUUGUUCCGAUUCGCAUCGUUGUCUAAGGCUCAUAAGAAACAGUAUAGCGAAUUGGGUUCAGAGGCGCAAAGUCUGACUGACCAUCUGCCAAUGACAAAGCUUAUGAACUCGUUAUAUGAAGAGGUGCGGCGGACGUAUGGUAUUGUUUCGAAGACUCUCGCCGGUUUCGAGAGCUCGUUGCAUGCUUUUCGGUUAGAACUGGAGAGGGUGACAAUGGCACAUGGAGACCGUUGA